AUUUUUAACUAUUUUUAUACUAAAUAACUAUUUUUAAUUUUAUUUUUUAGCUUUUUGUUUAGACCAUGAGUGCUGCGGGUUAUCAUCCAAGAAGACUGACAUACAAAUUUAGUUACAGCCAAUCGGAUAGCGCCAAAUUUGUAGCAUAUAAGCGGCAUAGAGAACAUUUGUUGCGUGCAGCUGCUGAAUGUGAAGCGCAAUUUAAUCAAGAUGUUGCCAAGGCACGCAGGUUUGCCAAGUCUGUCAAUGCGCCGCUGCAAGUGGCAGAGUCGUUGUCAGAUGUGGAGUCGAGCUGCGAGCUCAAACGCAUCAGCGCUGGCGGCAUCUUUGGCAAAACUUUUUUGUCCUAUGGCCGGCCCAUUCAACAAGUAUCCCGCACUGUUUGCAUUAAUGGCAGCAAGUGCACAUGUAGCCGCGUUGGCAUUUGUAAAUGCGACAAGGCCAAGAACGAUCAGCCAAAGCAGGGGCAGCAGCAGGGGCAGCAGCAGAAGCCAGCAGCAAAGCCGCGCCGCAAGUGUCCGUUAAGCUGUAAGCAGCCUGUUAUUACUGUAUCUGGUAGCAAUAAAGAAGUUUAUACGCCCACAGGCAAGAAGAAGCCCAAAAAAAGCUCUAAGAAGUCGAAAAAAGUUAAGAGCUCUUCCUCUGCGCUUAGUCAAGCCAGUCAGCCCAGUCAGCCUAGUCAGCCCAGUCAAGCAAGUGAAUGCAGCGCUCUUAGCAAAUCAAUUCAAACCAUUGAGCCUUGCCCUGUUCCUGCUCCUGUGCCUUCACCCAAUGCUGAAGUCAUACCCAAAUUAGCAGAACAGUUGGACUGCCUUAGCAAAAAGCUAGAAUCGCAUAUGACACUGGACUGCCAGCAGAAUAAGCAGCUCAACGAGAUCAAGUCGCAGCUUACACAAUUAACUUGCAAUAUGAAACUGCUGAAUGUCAAGUGCGAUUGCCAGCAAAAAACGGCGGGCGGCGAUCUCAAUCACAAGCCCUCGAGCACUUGUAACUUCUGCAAGAACAAAAAGUUGCCUGUGCUCAGCUCGUUGCCGUGUGAAUUCUUCAAGCUCAUAGGCAAACGCAGACUCUCCGACAUUAUGAUGACCAUACUGCUGCGCGCCGAUAAUAUUUAUCAUAUAAAUGUGCGCGAUUUGUGCUCGGGUGAAGUGCUGGGCUGUCUGCUGGUCGACGACGCCGCCAUGCAGGAGGCCAGUAGCUUGGGCUUGUUCCAGGAGAUUAUUACCUUCUGUGUUGUGGAUAAGCGCAGCAGUCUAUGCCAGAACGACAGCUGCCUUUGCAACAUUAAGUUUGAAUUCGUCAAGGAUCAGCGCUUGGUGGGUGGCCAAGACUCGAAGUCUACGCAAACUGGUGAGGCUGCGAGAUCCUUGACUUGCCUUUGGCAGCAGCUAGAAAGUCUGGCUGAAGCUUAGUAUGUCAGCUCAUACAACUUGGUAACUGAAGCUCUUAGCAAAUUUUAAGUUACUAAAUUUAAAGUGUGUCUUAAUAUUAAAGCAAAUUUACAAUAUUGAA